AUGGGAACUAACCGCGUGACUGGUAACACCAUGCCAUUUCGCCAUGCCUCUGAUCAGUAUGAAUCGAGUGGCCAAGAACCUGCCGAGCCUGAAGCCGAUGACAAUGUGAAUACUGACAGUUCGUGCGAUGAUCAUAGCGACUACGACCAAUCAACCGGUGACCGCUCGAUUCAUGAUAUUGUACCUGCCGAUGACCAUGUUACUAGUGACUUCGAGAUUGGUAGACGAUCAGCCAGUAUUUGCACGUACAUCAACUUUGCAGCUGUCCAGCAUGAAAUUGCCGAGUUUAGAGUCACUGGCGGUGGAGCCGGUGACCGCGCAAACGGUGAGCUUGCAGCUACUGGAGGUGCAGCCGAUGACCAUGCAAAUUCCGAGUAUGGAACGAAUGAUCACGCAGUCACUGACACCUCGACCGCUCAACAUGCGGAGAGUGACAGCGCGACCGAUGUCCAUACCGCCUUCGAAAGUGCUCUUGCUGAUCGUGUAGUCGUCAACAACACAGCCGAUGAUGGCUUGUCUGUCGAUGACCAUGAUAAGGUUGACUCUGAUGCUGGAGACGGCAUGCCCGUUAACCUGACGCCGACUAUGAGCGCAAGCGGUCGUGCAGCCGAUGGCCAUUUGAUACGCCUACCGGUCGCAGAUGACUCGCUGGCUAAGACCUUAAUGCUUUUCGAGAACAUUGUCAAUGCACGCAGCAACUGUGCCGAGGUUUUUAUGGUAUUUCUCGAUCGACCGGGAGAAGGCACCUUGGCCAAGUACAGUGGUUUCGAGGAUGACGGUAUUGAUGACUUGAAGUCUGGACUCAGCAUGGUAUACGAGUUGAAAGUGAGUGCAUCGAGUCCACAUGUCGUCUUUGGCUUAUUGCUUUACGACGAAGAUCUAAAGUCUGUGAGUUUGCUGCCAUCGCCUGAACUCUGUGACGAGUCUUCAAUAAUAGAUCAAUUCAUAGAUGUUACUUCUAUGAAGCGCUCCACUGACUGGAUACCGAUGGACGAGAUUAUCUUGCAGUCGUAA